UAUAUAUAAAAUGUUGCGGUGUAGUGCGCGACUAUAGGUUAUUUUGAUUGAAACACUAAACUUUCAAGAAAUUUUGGAGGCACGUAGGUAUUAAUAAAUUCGCAUUCAGAAGCGCAUCUAUAAUGGCGUUCAGAGUAACAAAUAAGGGAACCAUUAAACUGGCCCAGCAAUUAAUAAGGGCACAAUCGACUAUGUCCUUAUUCGAAAUUCAACACAAAACGCCGCUGAUUAAAAAGCAGACAGCCAUCCCCGUGGCACUCUAUGGGGGCCGUCACGCAGUCACCAUGCUUCCUGGAGGCGGCAUCGGCCCGGAGCUGAUGGAAUAUGUAAGGGAAGUUUUUAAGUAUGCAGGUGCGCCCGUAGACUUUGAAGUCAUCGACAUAGACCCGAAAAGUGAAGAUGAAGAUGCUUUUCAUUAUGCUAUCACCUCCAUUAAAAGAAACGGGGUGGGCAUUAAAGGUAACAUCGAAACCAAUAGCGAAAGUGCUGGGGUUACAUCUAGAAAUGUUACUUUGAGAAAUGAACUGGACUUGUUUAUAAACAUCCUCCCUUGCAAGUCCUUUCCUGGAGUGCCCGCUCGCCAAAAAGAUAUCGACAUUGUUAUCAUUCGGCAAAACACCGAAGGGGAAUAUGCUAUGCUCGAACACGAGAGCGUGAAUGGAGUCGUGGAAAGCAUGAAAGUGGUAACGGAGUCAAAUUCGGAAAGGGUGGCUCGAUACGCGUUCGAAUACGCGAAAAGAACCGGAAGGAAGAAAAUAACGACGAUCCACAAAGCAAAUAUAAUGAAAUUAUCGGACGGUUUAUUUUUGGAAACUUCGCGAAAAAUCGCGAAAGAGUAUCCAGAAAUUGAGCACAAUGACAUGAUUAUCGACAACUGUUGCAUGCAACUGGUGUCAAAGCCGCAUCAAUUCGAUGUCAUGAUUAUGACUAACUUGUACGGAAGUAUCGUGUCGAACGUCGUAUGCGGACUCAUCGGCGGUGCUGGUAUAUUAUCAGGACGAAAUUAUGGUGACCAUUACGCAGUAUUUGAGCCCGGGACUAGAAACACGGGCACGGCAAUCGCAGGUAAAAAUAUCGCUAAUCCUUUAGCCAUGUUAAACGCUUCGGUAGAUAUGUUGAAUCAUUUGGGGCGAAAACAACAUGCCAAUUUAAUCAUGAACGCCAUGCGUAAGACAGUCUCCGAGGAUGGACUUUUAACCCCAGAUUUAGGUGGCACCGCGAAAAGUUCCGACGUUGUUCAAAGAAUUAUCGAUCACGUACUGCAAGCGGAUAUCAGGCCAUGGUAAAUUCAUUAUCUUUGAUAGUUGUGGUGCGGGUCUUGGUUUGUGACUAACAAUACCUACUCUUUGUGUUAUACGGAGAGCUUUAUUUCCAACCCGACUAAUAACUAAAAAGUGCCACUUUUAUUUUAACACGCAUCGAAGGAUCGCGAGCUGCGCAGUAUUGUAGACUUUAUACAUUCCGCGGAAUAUUUUUCUCAGUAUUAACACGCGUUUAUUUUAUUUUUACUUCUG